AUGGUGGAGACUCGCCGGAGCUCCGCCGCCGCGGCCGCCGGGAAGCGCCCGUCCCCGUCGCCGUCCUCUUCGUCCGUACCUCCCCCGAAGCGGCCCAAGGCGGAGUCCCCAGGGUCACUGACGGCGUCCGCGCUCGGGAGGGCCGAGGAGGAUUCCGUGGCGGGAGCGGCACCCGCGAGGAGCACCGGCUCGCCCGAGGACGUGGCGGCGGUGGCGCAGAAAGAUCAAGGAGCGGAUAAGCCUUCUUCCGCCGUGGCCGAGAGUUCGAAGAGGAGGAAGGAGCGGGAGCAACAGCAACCCGCAGCGCCAUGGGCGAAGCUGCUCUCGCAGUGCUCACAGACUCCUCACCAUCCCAUCAGUGUGGCUCAGUUUUCUGUUGGUCAAAGCAAAAGCUGUAAUUUGUGGCUGAAAGACCAACCUGUUAGCAAAGUGCUUUGCAAGCUGCAGCGCCUUGAGCAAGGAGGUCCAUGUGAGUUAGAAGUUCUAGGGAAGAAGGGUAUGGUCCAAUUAAAUGGAAGGUCCAUAAGUCCAGGCACAAAAGUUCCCCUUACAGGAGGGGAUGAAGUCAUAUUCAGUUCAUGCGGAAAGCAUGCUUAUGUAUCCUUUUAUCAUUUCCGGUUCAUUCAGUCAUACAUUUUUUCUUCAGUUACAUCUCUUUCUUCAUGA